UUUGCAUUGUUUCCAUAUCAAGUACAUGUUAACGAACAGACGCAAUCGGAAGUUCCAAAUAAUUGUAAUGGAACACAACACACUAAAGAUCUCUCAGAUUGGAUCGGGUUUGAGGCAAAACAACAGAAUGAUCAAUAUUUAUCCAGGUCAAAGAAAAUAUGUUCAAAUAAUGAGAAUCCAGAUUAUACAAAUAGUAAUAUGAAUAUUAUCAAAAGAUUUGAGAGGAUGUUAAAGACCGCUAAUAUGGAGUCCAAUCAAUAUUAUAAUUUAAAAAGGUCUGACAAUUCAAAAUGGAAUGAUUUUUUAAAGCAAACUAUAAAUGCAACUGUACAAUUGAUAAAACUUUUUAUCGAUGACGUAUUUACUCCGAUUUUAUCAACAGAAGAACAUAAAAUAUACACACCAAGAUUUUUGGAUGAAAUUGCCGAGGAAAUUGAUGUUCUUGAAAAUAAAAAAGAUUCAUUAUUCUCUCGAAACCGUUUUAAAAGAAUAUUAAUACCGAUGCUGAUUGUACUGAAGUUCUUCAAACUGAAACUCUUGAUAUUUUUACCGAUUAUCUUAGGUUUGGUUUCAUUCAAAAAGUUCCUUGGCUUCUUAGCUAUUGUAAUUCCAAGUGUCAUAGGAUUAUUGAAACUCUAUAAACCAGUGGCACAAAUAUACCCACCUCCAAUAUAUUUGCCUAGUGGAGUAGGAUUUCCACUUGAUCAUUACAAGGGUAGUCAUGGAUCUAUUCAUGACAAUGGUUUACUUCAAUAUGGAUCACCAGAUUAUCUGGAUCAAAAUAAACAUAUUAGUGAUAAUGUGAAUUAUGGACAGAAGUUAGCAUACCAAGGCUAUGAAGAUUAUCAAAAUUAA